ACUCCUCCUUCCUUUGCCUGCCAGGGGGACCCCCACAGCGAAACCGGCUGUUUGGUUUCCGGGUUUAAUCCCUUUCUCUGUCCCUUGUAAGUACCCAUCUGGCUUCUUGAGGGGAUAGUUCGAGACUGCGCACCAUCCUCCUGACGGUGGGAAGUGCACCUGACCACUUCUUUGCCUGUGUAAUAAUACUUCUCUUUCCUCCUCUAGCUUCCGGAACCAUUCUUACUCUACAUAUGUUGAUGCAAUCUCUGUCUUUACUCGCAGUUAAUUCAGUAUUCUGUUAAUAACUGAGUUGUUGGGACAUAGGACUGGAAUGAACAAGUUUUUGUUUUAAGAAAUCUUUUCACUGUAUCUUUUAUUUUUGUUUAGCAACACGGUUUAUUUUAAAAGGUCUCUUGUUGAAGUGCGAGCAUAACAAGCAAGAUUUUGGAAGCUGUUCCAAGAUAAUAUUCUCUUAGAGGUUGAUUGUCAAUGAGUUAUGCUCGUGCUUUGGAAUUCAGUUAAGUGUGCGAGAAAUUGUGGGAGAAAGUACAGAAAAGAAGGUGGAGCCGGCAAGUCAGUUUCACUCGUGAAGUGAAUUGAAAGGAAUAAUUCCAAAAAGCUAGGUGUUUCUGCAGCAAUGAGAGACCAGCCGGGAAGGGCCCUUUUCCAUAACACCAACAGUCUGGCUUAUUAAAAGAGACUUAAAUCUGAGUUGUAGUCCCAUCCCUGCCAUCAACUAAUGGUUGGCAGCCUCGUUGGUUUGUUUUAGAUAAUGGAAUCCUGUCCUACUAUGAUUCUCAAGAUGACGUUUGCAAAGGAAGCAAAGGAAGUAUAAAGAUGGCAGUUUGUGAAAUUAAAGUCCAUUCAGCUGACAACACAAGAAUGGAAUUAAUCAUUCCAGGAGAGCAGCAUUUCUACAUGAAGGCAGUGAAUGCAGCCGAGAGACAGAGGUGGCUGGUUGCUCUGGGGAGCUCCAAAGCCUGUUUGACUGAUACAAGGACUAAAAAAGAAAAAGAAAUAAGUGAAACCAGUGAGUCUCUGAAAACCAAAAUGUCUGAACUUCGCCUCUACUGUGACCUCCUAAUGAAGCAAGUUCAUACGAUCCAAGAGUUUGUUCACCACGAUGAGAGUCAUUCAUCGCUCAGCAUAGAGAACAUGAAUGAAGCUUCUUCUCUACUUAGUGCCACGUGUAAUACAUUCAUCACGACGCUUGAGGAAUGUGUGAAGAUAGCAAAUGCCAAGUUUAAACCCGAGAUGUUUCAGCUGUCCCAUCCGGACCCCUUAGUUUCUCCUGUGUCACCUUCCCCUGUUCAAAUGAUGAAGCGUUCUGUCAGCCAUCCUGGUUCUUGCAGUACAGAGAGGAGUAGCCACUCUAUAAAAGAACCAGUGUCUACACUUCACCGACUCUCCCAGCGACGCCGAAGAACCUACUCAGAUACAGACUCUUGUAAUGAUGUUCCUCUUGAAGGCCCAGAUAGACCUGUUCACUGUUCAAGAAAUACACUUAAUGGAGAUUUGGCAUCAGCAACCAUUCCUGAAGAAAGCAGAUUUAUGGCCAAAAAGAAAUCUGAAUCAGAAGAUCCUCUUUUAUCCUUCUCUUCCUGAGGAAAUGGAAGUGUCCAACUUCCGCUAAGUAUUGCUAUGCAAAAGCUGCUGUAAUUAAACUAUGUUAUAGGGAGUAGUUUUUCCCUUAGGAUUUCUCUGCACUUUAUAGAAUAUUGUAAAACAAACAAAAAAACAACCCACAUACCUUUGAAGUGUAUUUUAUCUUUAUAUAGUUUAUUUGCAAGAGUAUUUUCCUAAUAACUUCACAGUAUGAAUGUGCAUCCUUUUUUUUUUUUUUUAAAUAAAAGAUGGUGUAACAUUUUGACAUCCAUAAGGGCAAAUGUAGAUAUUUUUCUAAAAAACUGUGAGGGACUGACAGCUUAGUCAGUGUGUAUUGUAGCUUAUAAACAUGAAAUCUUAUAAACCUAAGGUUUCAGUUUGACAGAAGUGUGAUAUAUAUAUAACUUGUGCCAUGGACCAAAUGGUCACUUUACCCCAGCUGAAAUGAGUUAAGGUUGCAGCUUGAUGGUGUUUGUAUUAUAUUCCUUUAAGCAAAAAGGAAACAUUUAAUAUUCGAGAUAUUUUUACCCCAAAUACUAUGACAUUGAGGAUUUUUAAAAAACCAGACUGUGCUGUCCUUCGUAUAUGAAGUUGACACUACUGACUUAUCAAUACCAAAUGUUGUGUUAAAGUAUUUAAUUUUUACUUAUUUAUUUUUCUGUUGCAUCAAAAAAAAAAAAAGAUUGCAUCCUAACUUUUAUGACCUACCAAAUUUAAGAUGUGUGUGCAUUGUUAUUUACAUUGUUCUAGAAAGAAGUUAAUGUCGUAGUGACCUUGCUCACUUCAUCAGAGAAAUAAACGACUUGCAAUGGAAGAGGAUUUUAGUGCUUUUUUCCCAGAAUAGACGUUAUUAAGCUACUGUUGUAAGGUAUUGAUAUUUGCAGCUCUUUAGAACAUCUAGACUUUUUUUAUUUAUGAAUAUUUAUAAAAAGAGGAAUCUCUCAAGGCGACUGCCCUACGUAACUUGAGAAUGGCAUUAUUUAAAGAACAAAUAGCAUUUUCUGGUAGUGCCUGACCAUGCCGUCAGUGUUUGCCUUGUAAACUGUUUUUUCAAUUCACUUUAGAGUGACGGUUUUGUCCAAGGUUUUAGAUGAGGAGCACUUUAAAACAAACUGGUUUGGUGUUUUUAAGUUAAUCAUAUGUUUAAUAAAUAUGUGGUUUUUGCAUUCAAACUCAUCAUAUAAUACAUUGUAUUUUUUACAUUUAUUGAUAGUUUGUCUAAUCUUUAUCAAAUGGUAAUAAUAUUCUUUAUUCCUUUGAUUUUGUUUGUAUAUUUAGAUCUCAUAGUAAAUACACAAGUAAGGCAUAUUUUUAGCUUUUCUGCCUGUGAGCUUAGAAUGUUAUGUCCUAUUUCAUUUUAAAUUUCUCUUGUAAGUUUAUGUGGGAAUUGUUUUAAAAGAUUUGUUUUAAACAAAUUAAAAAAAUUUGUUAUUUCCCUAUUAAAAUAAGUCUGUAGUUAUAGGCUUUCUUAAGUUUAAAAUGGAUAUAAACAAUCUAUAUCCAUUAAUAUACAUUUAGAUAAACUGUAUGCUACUUAAAAGUAUUUGAAAUUUUAAAUAGCACACAGGUCAUUAGACUAUAUUAGGAGGAAUCCUUUUCUGCUCAUGUACUUCAUAUGUCUAGUUUGAGAAAAAAGAAGUUUGAUGAUAUAGUAAGCUUUCAUGUUGAGUGAGUUAUCAGGUUUUUGGUUUCUUUUUUUAUUUUUUGUAAUAGGAAUGAGUAGUGAUAAGACCAUGGAGAUCAAGGUGCUACUACUGACUGUGGGAGUUUUUCUAGUAGUUUUUGUUUUUUUUUUUUAAUCAAUAGGUUUAUAAUGGAAACACUAUAACAAAGCUUUUGAACUCAUGGAAAAUAAAUCCAUUUUAUAUUGCUUUAUCCAAAAAUAUGAGUUCCUGAACAGUUUUCUGUAAAUAUUUUUAAAAAUAAAAUACAGUUAUUUCUGGCUCA